AUGUGUUCACGUUACUAUAAGGAGACAGGGGAUAUCAAAGAUAUAAAUGAUGAUGCUAGAGCAGCUUUGCAGCGAACAGUUACAAGGAUGAAAAUGGAUGGUCUGCACUGUGUUGCUUUUGCAUAUAGAAGUGUACCAGAAGAACAUCCGAUUGAUUGUGAAGGGCAUUUCCAUCCCAAGAUCAAAGAAGAUGAUUCGAUCUUAUUAGCAUUUGUAGGUCUGAAAGCUCCAUGUAGAGAACAAGCAAGGAAAGCUGUGAUGAACUGCCAAAAUGCGGGUGUGAACAUCAAAAUCAUUACAAAGGAUGAUAUCCACACAGCUCGUGCAUCAGCUGUCGAUUGUGGUAUACUUGAGCCUAAUCAUGGCAUAUCCACUGGAGAAGUCAUAGAAGGAACAGAAUUCCAAGAAUAUGCUGAAGAUGAAAGAUUGGAGAGAGUUGAAAACAUUUGUGUGAUCGCAAGAGCCUCAACAUUGGACAAGCUUCUGAUAGUACGAUGCUUGCAAAAGAAUGGUCAUGCUGUUGCAGUUACUGGAGAAAGUGUGGGUGAUGCAGAAGCACUUAGAGAAGCCAAUGUGGGGAUUUCACUGGGUAAUCAAGGAACUGAUACCGCAAGGGACAGCUCAGAUAUUGUCAUCAUAGAUGAUAACUUUGCUUCCGUAGCCAGAGUUCUAAGUUGGGGAAGAACCACAUAUAACAAUGUUCAGGUAUUCACACAAUUCCAACUAACAGCAACUAUUGCUGCUUUGGUGAUAGACAUUGUGACAGCAAUUUCAGCUAGCGAGCCCGUGGCCAUCAACAUUGUCACAGUAAUUUCAGCAGGCAAAGUUCCCUAUGCAAUGCUUCAGGUACUUUGGGUAAAGCUAAUGGUGGGCACAUUAGCAGCUCUGGCUCUCACUAUAGAUGAGCCUGGAACAAAGCUCAUGCAACAGCCACCAACUUACCAAAAUGAGCCAUUUAUAACCAAUAUUAUGUGGAAGAAUAUCUUGGGCCAAGCUCCGUACCAGAUCUCGGUUUUGCUGACCAUCCAAUUCACAGGUGAAUCAACAUACCAAUUAAGUGACAAGGAAAAAGACACCAUGAUAUUCAACAUCUUUGUGCUCUGUCAACUCUUCAACAUAUUCAACAUGAGAAAGUAUGAAGGAGAUCUCCUGGGGGAGCUAAGAACAAAGAGGUUAUUUUGGGGGAUAGUGGGAAUGAUAGUCCUUAUCCAGGUUGCAAUGGUAGAAAUGCUGAAGAAGUUUGCAUGUACAGAGAGGUUGAAUUGGCAGCAGUGGAAAGUGUGCAUUGGGAUAGCUGCUCUGUCAUGGCCAGUUAGUUGGCUCAUAAAAUGCUUACCUGUUCCAGGAAAGCCUUUGUUUAGCUGUAGGAAAAACCAAAACUAUAGUUAUUCCAGAUUUGGAUCAAGUGCUAGGUUAUAG